GCAGGCUUCAGCUCGUCCACCAUCGUCCCGCCCGGUCGUCGCGAUGUCCAUUCCCCUCGUGUCGAACGCGCAUCUAGACGAAAGCUCUGCGAAAGUCAGAGCGAAGCCUGUCCCGUGGGAGGGGUACCAACGCGCGGACUUGAUCACCAGUGAAGAGCUUGGGCUCAUCAAGAAGGUGGAUAGGCAACCGAGAGCGAGAAUUGACUCUGUAUUCCUGUCGGAUGGCCCGUCGUAUGCCCUGCUGUUCUUUAGGCUACUUAAGAAGCUGCAGAGGGUGGACACGCAGCAGUGCAUCUUGGUCCUCAUCACGGAUGCUAUUUCAGACCACGAUGAGCGGAUACCCUUGUUUACUAGGACACGAGAAGUGGACCCCGAAUUGCCAUAUGGUGCACUGUCGCGGCUGCUCGAAUCGCAAGAUGACUUUGUCCAGUUGAAAACUACACAGAUAAUGACCGUCCUCCUCAGCUCCGAGUCGACACCCAUACCUGCCGAGCAGCUCAAACCCUUCUUGAACACGCUUGCAGCCUUCAUUACCAGUACUAGUCCGCACAAGCGAGACAUCGCAGUGCAGUGUCUCGAAGCGGUCCUUCCGCGUCCCGAAUGUCGCAAAGCUGUCUGGGCGAACUCCACACUUAUGGGAGGGUUGAUCGAGAUUCUCAAACAUAACCCCAACGCCCAGAUGAGCUACCAGGUUGGAUUCUGCCUGUGGCUGCUUACAUUCGAGCAAGAGGUUGCCGAGUACAUCCAGAAGCAGUAUGACAUCAUCCCCCUUCUCACCGGCGUUGCUCAGAAUGCCGCUAAGGAGAAGGUCAUCCGCGUCAUAGUUGCUACCUUCCGGAACCUCGUCUCCAAAGCACCAGCCGCGAACCUUCCCGCCAUGCUCGUCUCUCAACUCCUUCCAUUUGCGAAGAACUUGUGCACGCGGAAGUGGUCCGAUGAGGAUAUCCUUGAGGAUGUACAGUACAUUCGAGACGAGCUGAAUGCGCGAUUCGAGAGCUUGACGACUUACGACGAGUACAGCUCGGAGCUGGUUUCUGGACACUUGUCGUGGACGCCAGUACAUGAGUCUGAAUUGUUCUGGAAGGAGAACGCCACGAAGCUUAAUGACAAGGACUGUGCACAGCUAAAGACACUCAUCAAGCUUUUGAAGGAUUCCAGUGAUCCAUUAGUGCUUGCUGUUGCCGCUCACGAUGCGGGACAGUACGUGAAGCACUACGAGCGAGGGAAGAAGCUGUUCACCGACCUCGGGGGCAAAACACGUGUCAUGGAGCUUAUGUCGCACGAGAACACCGAUGUACGGUACCAGGCCCUUGUCACAGUGCAACGCCUUGUCAGUCAUCCAUGGGCAAACAUGUAACUUAUAGGUACGAUGCAAUGGCGGAAAGGACAUUCUCAAGUAUAUUGCAAGUUUCGACACGGAGAUACGCUACGGGUCCCAGACCUUCGCCGAAGACAGCGUCUUGCCAGCAUCAGUGGGGAUCUCUCCUAGCAGCAGUCACUGUAACUCUUGCACUUGCUAUCCACAGCAAUCCAGUUAAGAGGGAGUGAUUGGCGGUGCGAGCGG